AUGAUGAACGAAGACUUGAUUCUAGAUAUCAUGUCCUGUUGUCCUGCAACGGAGAUUUCAAAAUUCCGUCUACUAAACAAAGCAUGCAACAAACGAUCUUAUGAGUUCCACUUCAUCAAUCACCAUCUCCAUAAAACCAACUCUGUUUUAGGCUAUUUUAUUCAAGAUCAUAAAAAGCAUCGCCGCCCAGGAUUUGUUGUCUUCGGUGGUGCCGAAGAAGAAGCUCCUGAAAAACCAAGAAUCGCUCUCGAAAUACCAGAUUACAUUGUUUGUAAACCGACUACAAAACAAUACCGAAUCAUACCAAACCCGAAGAGCCGGUAUUUUACUAUUGCGAUUGGUUUGAUGGUGAUUCAGUCAAACCCGUUUCGAUAUAAGAUCGUUAGGGUUUCUGAACCACUACCGUGGGAGAGAAGGAAGACGAGUGAGGGUUUCAAUAAUCUCUACUGUGAGGUUUUUGAUUCUGAUACUUAUGCGUGGAAACGACUAAAUGAUUUAGAACUACGAAGUGACGAGUUUCUCCGGAGAUCAGAAAAGCCAGAAUCAUCGUACGGUUUGUUGCAUUGGUUAACCGGGAAAAACAAUGUGAUUCAGUUUUGUAUGCAAACCGAAACUUGGUCGUUCUUUCCAUUGCCGGAGGAUGUAAUAGGCGAUGGUUCUUCUCUAGACUUGGUGAGCUACGAAGGAAAGUUAGCUGUACUUUGUUCGAAUUCGAAUUCGAGAGGAGGAUAUGAUUUAUGGGCUUUAGACAACAGUUCAGGAAAAUCGUGGGCUAAUGUAAAAGAUGUGCAAGUUACAGAUUUAGAAGAUAAAUAUGCAAAACCCCUAUGGUUUCUCAGUAACGACGUCAUAUUAGUGGCAGGUUUCGUUCGCCUUGGUCUCUACAACACGAAUAGCAACAAGUUUCAGUAUUUGCAUAAGACGACUCAAGAAUGCUUGCCUUACUAUUUGCCUAGAGAUUACAAUAUUGUAACACUUUGA